AUGGCUAACGAAUUGGAAAUGCACGAGGAGGAAUGCUAUGUUGCAUUGUCCUACGAGCCUCUUGAUGCAAAAGCAGCGAUGGAUCGAGUACGGAGCCCAAAGGCUGGAGCCAUAGUCCUCUUUGCAGGAACUACUCGUGAUAAUUUCAGGGGAAGGCCUGUGAAAGAGCUUCAGUAUACCUCCUACGAGCCACGUGCCCUCCAAACCAUGCUUGCGAUAUGCAAGAGCAUCCAUAAAAAGCACUCCUUGACCUCAAUUGUCAUGAUACACCGACUGGGCAUCGUGCCGAUAGGUGAAGAGAGCAUCCUAAUUGCUGUAUCAUGCCCCCAUCGUGAGGCGGCUUGGAGGGCCGGUGAAGAAGCACUUGAAGAGUGCAAGCGGAAGGUCGAGGUAUGGAAAAGGGAGGAGUUUGGUGGUGCCGCAGGGGGCGUAUGGAGAGCAAAUCGAGAUGGCGCUGCUGGUGUAGAGAUCGAUCCGGUUGAAAAUGAAAAGGAGAAUGCUCCUGCACAGGGGCCUCAUGGACCAAUUCUCCGACCGGCAAGACCAGGUGAGCAUGGUCAUGGACCAGUUGUCAUGUGA